GAGGACCAUGGGUUAAACGCUGACUGCAUGCUACCCACUACCCAGUAUCCACCCCCAUCCCGCCCCCUCGCUCUCCCUCUCUCUCAGCUGUGUGUACGAGUACCUGCCAUGCGUGCGUGUGUGAGUGGGCGCGUGAGUGUGCCAUGCCGUUGGUUGUCCAAUGCGGAUUUCACGGUUGCUGCCCGCCUCGUGUCUCGCGAACUUCACCUGAAAAGGAACAGACUACACGUCCCUUCGGAAUUCCACUGCCGUUCCACGCACGGGGCUGAAGCACGGCAUUCUGCUUGUCUGUCCUAUUCGGGAAUAGACUACCGAUAGCUCCCUUACUCGCUGCAUCUCUGUGCUACGGUUCAGUGCUGCUGAUACCGGUGUUCUAGUACUGCUGGGGAAUACCGACACUGCAGAGAGAGGGAAGGAGCGGAGAGGAGGAUGGUGCCUGGUUUAGGAGGAGGGAGGUAAUCAUGGCAGAGUGGUGCCUCUGACCCCCUCUACUGCCUCAACUACCUCCCUCUUCCUCCCUUUCAUCCCUUUCAUCCCAACCCCCUUACCCCACCCUCUCUAACAUUUACCUUACACCCCUAACGCCCCCUCCCCCCCAACACGAGUCACCAUGACGACCUCAGCGUUGCGUCGCCAGGUGAAGAACAUUGUUCACAACUACUCUGAGGCAGAGAUCAAGGUGCGCGAGGCGACGUCCAACGACCCGUGGGGCCCCUCCUCUUCGCUGAUGUCAGAGAUCGCUGACCUCACCUUUAACGUGGUGGCGUUUGCUGAGGUCAUGGGCAUGGUCUGGAAGCGCCUCAACGACCACGGGAAGAACUGGAGACACGUCUACAAGGCCCUGACGCUGCUCGACUACUUGAUCAAGACCGGCUCAGAGAGAGUGGCUCAGCAGUGCCGCGAGAACGCAUUCACCAUACAGACGCUGCGUGACUUCCAGUACAUGGACCGUGAUGGCCGUGACCAGGGGGGCAACGUGAGGGAGAAGGCCCGCCAGCUGGUGUCUCUACUCAGGGACGAGGAACGGCUCAGACAGGAGAGGAGCCAGGCAUUGACGACUAAAGAACGCAUGACGGCUGGAACGGGGGGAGGAGGAGGAACGGGGGGAGGAGGGACGGGACAUGGAGUGGUACCUCCAGGGUACCAACCAGGGCGAAGGACCAGCCAGCCAAAUAUGGCAGGACUCUACGGGGAAGAGUUCAUCCGCUCCCGGGGCUCGCCCUCCUCCUUUAACUCCUCUUCAUCCUCUCCUCGUGAAGCAUGUGAUCUAGAACAGGCCCGCCCCCAGACCAGCGGAGAGGAGGAGCUACAGUUACAGCUGGCCCUGGCCAUGAGCAGAGAGGAGAGUGAGAAGCUGGCCCCGCCUCCUCCCAUUGCUAUGGAGACAGAUGAUGACACACAGCUACAGAUAGCUCUGAGCCUUAGCAAAGAGGAGCACGAGCAGUGUCUCCAUGGAAACUGUGUUGAUGAUGUCACCAUGCCGCCUCUGCAGGACCAGCGUCGUCUCCAAGGAGACGAGUCGUUUUUACAGAGAGUCCUGGAGGAGAGCAGGAGGGACAGUCACACAGGGACAGGGGAGUCCGCCAUGUCCAACCUGGUGGAUAUCUUUGGCCCCUCUGAGGCUCCGCCCCCAGCUGACGACCUCUGGAACGCUCAGCCUGCUGUGACCUCUGACCCCUGGGACUCUGUGGCAGUCCACUCCAACACUCCUGUGAUUGGUAGUCCCUGGGCGACCCGCCCCUCCUCCAGCAGCCCAACCAAUCCCUGGGCUCCGUCACGCUCUCCCACCUGGGAAGCUCCGCUCACAUCAUCAUCCAGCCCUGUCAAUCACGGCUGGGAGAGCCCGCCCCCUCUUACAGUGGACGGUACUGAUAGGACGGAUCUCUUCUCUGUCAGGGAGGAGGAGGAGUGUAAAGGAGAGGAGGGACCACCUCAACCUGGCAGUCCUACUGGACCAGACCUGUUUGGGGAGCGUGUUCUGUCCCCCGAGGUCAACGGGCGAGGGGGGGGCAGUCCGGAGAUGUUUGACCUGUCCCGUCUCGGCCCCCCCCAGGGCUCCGCGGCCCCCCGGAUGUGUCGCACCCCAGAAGCCUUCCUGGGACCGACGGGGGCGUCGCUCGUCAAUCUGGACGCACUCAUCCCCCCUAAUCCUCCUAGCAGGACCCACAACAACCCCUUCCUCUUAGGUCUGUGUGUUCCCUCUCCCACCAACCCAUUCCACUGUGACCAGCCUCGUCUCACGCUCAACCAGAUGCUCCGUCCCUGUUCCACCUCCCCACUCCCCCCUCACACUCUCCCCUACAGCCCCUCUCUCCCCCUCCCUCUCCCACACCACAUCCAGCCCUCCCCCGGCCUCCUGGACCUCCCCUCUAACCUCCCCCAUCCCCUCCUCCCCCUCUCCCCCGCCCCGGCCCACCGCGUGCCGCCCCAAUCUCACACACACAGCCACAACCCCUUCCUCUGAGGCCUGAGGGAGAUGGAGAGACAACUGGUUCUUCCUCUGAGGCCUGAGGGGAGAUGGAGAGACAACUGGUUCUUCCUCUGAGGCCUGAGGGGAGAUGGAGAGACAACUGGUUCUUCCUCUGAGGCCUGAGGGGAGAUGGAGAGACAACUGGUUCUUCCUCUGAGGCCUGAGGGGAGAUGGAGAGACAACUGGUUCUUCAACUGGAUCAAGGUGUUUUUGUCCUCCUGGAGGUUCAGGUGAAACCCCUCAGAGAGAGAGAGGAAUAGGACCCAGUAACGCUUCACCGAGAGCAUGAAUGCUCCCCCGUACCCCUUACCCCUUACCCAUCUCCCUCCUAUCCCCCAUACCCCGUACCCCUUACCCCGUACCCCUUACCCAUCUCCCUCCUAUCCCCUUACCCAUCUCCCUCCUAUCCCCCAUACCCCGUACCUCUUACCCCGUACCCCUUACCCAUCUGUCUAACUCUCUCCCCCCGUACCCCAUACACCUUAACCAUCUCCCCGCAUCCCCCGUACCCCUUACCCAUCUGCCCAACUCUCUCCCCCCAUCCCCCGUACCCAUCUGUCUAACUCUCUCCCCCCGUACCCCAUACCCAUCCCCCUCCUAUCCCCCAAUCCCCUUACCCAUCUCCCUCCUAUCCCCCGUACCCCGUACCUCUUACCCCGUACCCCGUACCCGUCUGUCUAACUCUCUCCCCCCGUACCCCAUACCCAUCCCCCUCCUAUCCCCCAAUCCCCUUACCCAUCUCCCUCCUAUCCCCCGUACCCCUUACCCAUCUGUCCAACUCUCCCCCCGUACCCCAUACCCCUUACCCAUCUCCCUCCUAUCCCCGUACCCCUUACCCAUCUGUCCAACUCUCCCCCCGUACCCCUUACCCAUCUGUCUAACCCUCUCUGCCCCUCAUCUCCCUGUCUAACCCUCUCUGCUCCUCAUCUCCCUCUCUGACCCUCAUCUCCCUGUCUAACCCUCUCUGACCCUCAUCUCCCUGUCUAACCCUCUCUGACCCUCAUCUCCCUGUCUAACCCUCUCUGACCCUCAUCUCCCUGUCUAACCCUCUCUGCCCCUCAUCUCCCUGUCUAACCCUUUCUGCCCCUCAUCUCCCUGUCUAACCCUCUCUGCCCCUCAUCUCCCUGUCUAACCCUCUCUGACCCUCAUCUCCCUGUCUAACCCUCUCUGACCCUCAUCUCCCUGUCUAACCCUUUCUGCCCCUCAUCUCCCUGUCUAACCCUCUCUGCCCCUCAUCUCCCUGUCUAACCCUCAUCUCCCUGUCUAACCCUCUCUGCCCCUCAUCUCCAUGUCUAACCCUCUCUAACCCUCUCUGCCCCUCAUCCGCCUUUAUGUUACCUCUCUGCACUGGACCGAACACGCUUUACCAACUGGACCUGACUGGACUCAACUGGAUUAAACACGGCCUAACUGGAUUAAACACGGCCUAACUGGACCUAACUGGAUCAAACCAGACCUAACUUGAUCUAACUAGUCCAAACUUGGUCAAACCGGACAUGGUUGAUUGUAUUCUCAGACCCUCGUGCCUGUCUUGUCGACAGACCCACAAUGCUUUGCGACCCAUCUCCCGUGGCGUCUUGGAGGACCUCAGGGAGACCACUUUCCCAGCCAACACUCAGUGGAACUGGACUUCUGGAUGGACAGAGAGAGAGAAUGAAAGAGAGAGAGAAGGGUGACUUUCUCUCUCAGGUGGAGAGACGAGCUGUGAUGUCUUCUCUGCACUGACAGACAGAUGGACGUGAAUGUGUGUUUAGAUACACACACACACACACACACACACACACACACACACACACACACACACACACACACACACACACACACACACACACACACACACACACACACACACACACACACACACAGGCUACUGUAGGUAUUUAUUAGAGUGAUAUACAGUAUAUGAACAACUAUAUACUAAUAAAUGAUGGUGUUUGUUGCAUUUUAA